AUGGAACAAGAGCAAGUGGUGAGCGUUGGACAUGCUUGGAACUUGCUUACAANUGCUGAUUCAUGGUCAACCAUUGGAAAUGUGUUUCGUCAACUAUCUGCUCUGAGGUGGCUAGACUUUGGGCUUGUACCAACAUGGAUUCUUCAUCAAGUAGCAGAAUGUUUACCUGACUUGGAAGUCUUAACUGCAGAAUGGAUAAGUGAUAUCGAGAGUGAACCAGAAAGAUGGUCGUACACAUCACACUUGGAUUUUGGGAAACUUGCUCAACUCACCUCUCUCAGGAGACUUCAGCUGCGAGCAGCUUGUGGUGGCUUAACUCUCCCUUCAUUUGCCUUCAGUGGAGGAUUGGCAGCACUGAGUAAUCUCAAAGAUCUCACUAAACUGUCAUUAACCACUUUAAAAAAUGUCCCUGGUUCUGACUUUGGAUUUCUCAGACAUUUGUCCAACAUAGAGGAACUUGAAAUAGGAGACUGUUCUGACUGGGACAACGAGACUUACGAUUACCUUGGUUACCUUACAAAGUUACGGUGUUUACGACUAGAGUGUGGGAGGAGUGAUGAUGGACUGGGACGAGCCUUGAAAGACAUGCACAGACUUGUUCAUCUGGAUCUUAUUAUGUUUGGUAUCUCUUCUACUUUGGCUGAUGCACUUCAGAUGCUACCAAGUCUCAGAACACUCUCUGUGUGGCCAGUCGAGGAUAGUGCAGUGAACAGUCACUGCCUUGAAGCUGUGUUUAGACUCACUGAUCUGUGUUGUUUAGACUGGGGUGUUGUUACUGGACCUCACUUGUCAAUUCAGUUCACGGACCACAGAUCAUACAAUCCGCAUUCAAAAGGCAUUUACUCCAGAGACGAGCCUCUGUUGCCCAUUGCACCUCAUCUUUGUUCUAAUUUGUCAUCGGAAUUUCACAUCCAGCAAGAUUCUAACGGCAAUCCAAUGCUGUCUUUGAAUGAACUGCACCGCAUCUUAAGCAAGCGGCUUCCCUUAACGGACAUCAGUGUGUUUAGAAUUCCAGUGACGUCUGCCAGCAGGUUCUACUUUACAGCUUAACAAUUCGUCCACGAUGUAUGGAAAUUUUACAGGGAUUUUCGUCAAGCCAGAAUCAAUAUACAGAAGAGCCGCAAGUAACGAGAAACUAGAAUAUAGUACCAAAAAAGUAACGAGAAAUCAGACAGAAUAGCAAAGCUCGCGCCUAUGAGAAAUAACUUGGUUAUCAUGUGAUGUGACAUUCUUGUGGAGAGAGAAGGAAUUUGUCGCCAAUUUUUUUAUGUCAUCUCGUGGUCUUUUUGUUGUUGUUGUUGUUGUUGUUGUUGUUGUUUUUUGUUUUGUUUUGUUUUUUUGUACAACAGUUAACGGCCACUGACGUGAGUUUUCGUUAUGAACAUCUUGGCUUUUAUCUUAUUCCCGCCGUUUUUCCUAAAAGCGUUCUUUUUUUGUUCUCUUGGGAUAAGUUUCAAAGAAAGAAAAUGUAGCACUUAUGUUAUUCUGGUCUCCAAACGUUGAUUUUGACGCUGCUCUGAACAGAAUAAUGUUGUCCAAAAACACUGAAACGGCGGCCAUAUGGUGUAUCAAACCAGUCCUGUGGGAGUUGAACUCUUUUCUGAUGUAAACACUUUCUUUUGUUCCAAUAAAUUUGCAUGAGUGCUGGCCACGUGACUAAAAACACUCUAUAGGUAUAUUUGAUACACCAUUACUAUUUAAUACUCUAUUUGCAACUAGCAUUUCCUCAGACAGUCAUUUUAUAAAUCUUUUUACCCAUAGAAUCCACUCAGAUGCGUGUGGACUUCAGUUUGUUUCGAUUUCUUUUCUGAAUAAAUCACGUGUUCACAUAUGGUGGUGGUGUUUUUCUGUAUCCCCAUAUUAGCGACUAUCAUUAG